AUGGUUGAACUCAAUGCCCUUGUUCAACGAUAUUUGGCAAAGAGUGCCGCAGAGGGCGCCAUGAAGGGCACCUCCCUAGGUCAAGGGCGAUGGGUCUUACUGACCUACAUCGUAGCUAAUUCGCCCUUACAAGGCUCUAAACAAUGUGACUUGCGCGAGGAGGAUCGUCUCGUCAUAUGGGAUUACCAUGUGAUAUUUCUUUACUCCUGGGAUAAUAAAACCUGCCUUGUGUAUGACUUGGACUCUGAGUUGCCAUUCCCAACAUUUUUCCACAAAUAUGUUACUGAGACAUUUAGAACAGACCAAGUUCUGAAGUCAGACUUUCACAGAUUGCCACCACCACCAUACCCAGCAAUAUGUACACCAACAUCAACUCACAAUCUAGAUGAGUACAUCAACAUGGACCUAGGUGUUGGCCCUGGUCAGGUAUUUAACUUGACAGACUUUGUUCAGCGGUUCUACAAGAUAAACAAGUAGUACAAAUAUGGUACUGGUAGAUAGUCAAAUGUUAUUUUAGAAUUAGUUCCAUGGCCCUAUUGGUUUGUGUUUUAUGUUGAUUAUGUUUUAAUAAUCUUGUUUUUUUUGUUAUCCCCAAAUAUUCAUUUAUUGCCCCAAAUAAUUACUAUUACUAAAAAACAGGAAUUGUGGUGCCAUACUGGUGACAGUUUUAUGCCAAUGUUAAUGAUAUGUAAUUUUCUUUAAUAUUAUGAUAGUAGAAAUUAUUCUAAGUUAAAGUGAAAAUUGGUGAUGCUUUAUAGAUUGGUUAAAAGUGAAUUAUCAAACAAUACAUAAAGAGUGAAGUUAACAUUUUGAAAGCACAAUACAUUAACAAAUUCUCCUCACAAACACAAAGAAAUGAUAUAUAAUGCACAAAAGUUACAUAGUAUCAAAUCAAACAGUAUCACUAAAUUUUAAAUAUAUAAAAAAGAAAUAUUUUUAUGUAGGUUUAUCUGAAUAAAUAUUGAAAUGAUUCAUUAUUGUAGUGUUUACAGUUAUAUUUACAUAAUAUAUUAUAAAUAAGCAGUUAUAAAUCAGAAGCCUACAUGAAAAUAUAUAAUUCUAAAAUAAUUUGAAUAAUGAUAAUAUUGAAUAUGGCAAGUUAUAUAAUAAUUCAGGGCACUUCUAUUCCCUUUAAAAAUUAGCUGAUUUUGAUAUAGAUAGUUAAAUUAUUCAGCAUAGAUUAUAUAUUUAACCAAGAGGCUAGUGCUUAAAAGUUUCAAUUUUAUAUGAAUAAUAAUAUUAAUGAGUGAAUAGUGUUUUGGAUGUUCUGCUGUUUUCUUUCUAAUUGUCGUUGUUGUGAAAGAUUAUAAUUACGUAUUACGUAGAUCAUAUAUUUAUUCUCAUUUUGACUGAGGUAAUCCUUGUUUACGGAUUGUGUGUUACCUUGAGUGAUAUAUUAAAGUUUAAGUAACUUUAUAGUAGUGUAUAUGGUCGCAGGUAGCUUUUGUAUGUUGUUAAACUAUUUAAUAAUUUUGUAACAACUUUUA